UCCAGCGCAGCACGUAUGGCGCAGCGUGGCUGACCACCCUUGAAAUUCAUUCCCUCUGAACUGCGAUUCAUCAAGAAAAUCGGGGACAUAACGCAUACGUUCAUAUGUGACAUCAUUUUUCGCCGGGUUAAAAGGCCUUGGUGGAAUGAACUAGGUCACAGAGCUCUUAAACGGAUCCUACCUUACCGUCGGAGAUGACUCGUACGCGGUGCGAGGACAGAAAAUCAGUAGGCUGACUGUGAGCGCCUUGCAUCCGUUUCCCACAGCAUCAAGGAAUAUCAUCUUGCUGUGCUUUUCUCGUUCACCGGUACUCUGUGAUUAUGAAUGGGUGAAGGGGGUCUCUUCGGAAAACUGGUUACAUUGGUUAUUUGUUCAUUGAUAUCAUCAGUGAUAUUUUUUAACCGACGAAAAACGACGAAGAAGACAGAUUAUCAGUCUGCGAGUCUUUAUUUUCAAUGACUAUUCAGGUUACUUUUGCCAUGAGUCGGUGUUUCUGCUGGGGAAGGUUUUCUGAAGAUUAUUCUUGCGUGAUCAUCUGCUCUGCCCAUUCCAGUGAAUUGCCUUUUCCCUGAUAACGACAAGACCCACUAGAAGCAAAAGCAAACUAUGUACGUCGGCUAAUAAUAUGACCUUUCAAGGAGGUCUCUCAAAUGUUGUAUUCUGUCUCCUUUAUACGUUCACUGGCUUGAAUCCCUUGCCAAACAACGUGAGAAAUUAGACUGCGCGUGCCAUAUUAAAGUCUUUUGCCGCCUGAGGAACCCGUCGCCACAGAACUGGACAUGUUGACACUAACGUAAAGAUGGAUAUAGUUUUUGGUCUCCUGUGGCUGCUGGCUGCAUUUCUUAAGGGCAUUAUUUGCCAGGGAGUAUACGCUCCUCCAAAUGUACGCAUCAUCCACUCUGGCCACGCAUGUAAUGUGGAAGAAGAGCGGUACAGUGAGAGGGUGUAUACAAUCCGGGAGGGAGAGACUCUGGAGUUGGCCUGCCUGGUCUCAGGGCAUCCACGUCCUCAGAUACGAUGGACAAAAACUGCAGGCAGUGCGUCUGAUCGCUUCCACGACUCCAGCAUGUUCAACGAGACCCUCCGCAUAAUGGGUAUCCAGAGGCACCAGGGUGGCCGCUACUACUGCAAGGCGGACAAUGGCCUCGGCUCCCCCGCUAUCAAGUCCAUCCGAGUAGACGUGUACUAUCUGGAUGACCCUGUGGUGACAGUACACCAGAGUGUAGGAGAAGCUAAGGAGCAGUUCUAUUAUGAGAGGACGGUUUUCCUACGGUGUGCUGCAAAUUCCAACCCACCAGUUCGGUACAGCUGGAGACGUGGACGAGAGUUUCUGUCCCAAGGUUCUGACAAGGGAGUGGAGAUCUAUGAGCCUUUCUUCACGCAGGGGGAGACAAAGAUCCUCAAGCUAAAAAACCUUCGACCUCAGGACUACGCUAACUACACCUGCACUGCCUCGGUCCGUAGUGUCUGCGGCAUCCCAGACAAAAGUGUACUCUUCCAGCUUACCAACAAAACAGCAUCUCCCACCAUUAAGCUGCUUGUAGAAGACCCCAUAGUGGCCAACCCAGGGCAGACGGUGACUCUAGUCUGCAUUACCACAGGAGGGGAGCCCAGCCCUGUCCUGACAUGGGUCCGCAAUGCUGAGGAACUCCCCAACAAAAGCGUUGUGAAUGGUGGCACACUGACCAUCCCUGCCAUCAGCACUGAGGAAGCUGGUGUAUACAGCUGUGUGGCCAGCAACAAUGUGGGCAAUCCCGCCAAGAAGUCCACUAACAUCAUCGUCAGAGCUCUGAGGAAAGGCCGCUUUUGGAUAACACCUGACCCUUACCACAAUGACGACAACAUUCAGAUAGGUCGUGAAGUGAAGAUCUCCUGCCAAGUGGAAGCCACGCCAGCCGAGGAGCUGAUGUUCAGCUGGUUAAAGAAUGGCCGGCCACUGCGCAGCUCUGAGCGUAUGGUCAUCACCCAGACUGACCCUGAUGUUGCCCCAGGAACCACCAACCUGGACAUCAUUGACCUCAAGUUCACUGAUUUUGGCACCUACACGUGUGUUGCAUCACUAAGGAAUGGAGGCAUACCUGAGAUCAGCAUAGAUGUUAACAUCUCAUCCACAACUGUGCCCCCCAGCCUGACAGUGCCCCGGGGGAAGUCCCCCUUGGUGGUCCAGGAGGGUGACACGGUAGAGCUUCAGUGUCUGGUGUCAGGCAAACCAAAGCCCAUCAUCCUCUGGUCCCAUGCUGACAAGGAGGCGCUCAUGCCGGAUGGAAGCAUGCAGACAGAGAGCUACGAUGGCACCCUUCGCAUCGUCAAUGUCUCGCGCGAGAUGACCAGCAUGUACCGCUGCCAGACCAGCCAGUACAACGGCUUCAAUGUCAAGCCCAGAGAGGCCAUCGUGGAGCUCAUUGUGCAGUAUCCACCAGCGGUGGAGCGGGUAUACAUGGAAAUUCGGCAGGGCCUCGGCCGGGCCUUCACACUGACCUGCAGGGUGCUGCGUGCCCACCCAUCCCGUGUCCUGAAGUAUGAGUGGAAGCUGGGCACACGGCUGCUGACUGUGGGCCAGCUGGACACCCGCGAUGAGACAGAGUACCACGUCAGGGCGCUCAACCGUGAGGGCUAUGGUGCCUACACCUGUGACAUCACCAAUGAGGCUGGCACUGGACGCUGCACUUUCCUGGUCACGGGUAAGGCCUUUGCCCCAGAGUUCUAUUAUGACACAUAUAGUGCCCUGUGGCAGAGCAAGCCUAGUGUCUACGGCUUCAAACUACAGUGGACACAGAUGAAUCCCAGUGCAGUGGACCGCAUCAUGGCCUAUCGGCUUGGGAUAAAACAGGUGGGGCAGCAGAGAUGGUGGGAGCAGGAGAUCCCCAUAGAGGGGGACAUCCAGAAAGGGGAGCUCCUUACCUACAACCUGACUGAACUUGUCAAACCUGAGGCCUACCAGGUGCGCCUCACACCCAUCACUCGCUUUGGAGAGGGAGACUCCACUGAAAGGAUCAUCCACUACAGUGCUCCCGUAAACCCUCAUUGGAGUAAAUUCCAUUGCAACUUUGAGGAAGAAACCAUUUGUAUGUUCACACAAGACAAGACAGAGGAAUUUGAUUGGACAAGACAUAGUGCUGCCAUCAGGGACACCAAAUACACCCCCAAUACUGGACCCAGCAGUGACCGCAGUGGUUCAAAGCAAGGUUAUUACAUGUACAUUGAAACGUCACGGCCUCGUCAGGAAGGAGAUAAAGCACGUCUGUUGACCCCAUUGUUCAAUGUGGCUCCAAAAAGCCCCUAUGGAAAUGUGGCCCUUAAUCCAACCUACUGCUUUAGCUUCUACUACCACAUGUAUGGGAAGCAUAUAGGCACACUGAAUGUGUACUUAAGACAGAAGAGUCAGACUGGACAAGAUAGCUCAGUGUGGACCCUGAGUGGGAACCAAGGUGACCGCUGGAAGCAAGCUAGGGUCAACAUCCAUCCUACAUCCUCAUUUCAGUUGGUUUUGGAGGGUAUUCGUGGUUCUGGCAUUGAAGGAGAUAUUGCUAUAGACGAUGUGACCAUUGAGGAGGGAGAAUGUCGAGACCCCCCUCCCAAUAGCAGUGACCGUGUCCUUGAGAGGUCAAAUCUGGCUCUGGAACUCCUAGGGGCUUUUGGCAGACAAGGACUGCCUGAAUCCAACUACCAAAGAUUCAUCCCGUCUGUAAGAGAGAACCACGGUUCAAAGUAAGAUCCAGAUGGAGCACGGGAGAGAGUCAAUCACUAGCUAACAAAUAACUAUCAGUAUAUAACAGGAGACCAUGCAAAGUCAGGAUUUAAAAGCCAAUUAAAGUCAUUGUAUUCCUUAAGAUGUGAAUGGGUCUGCCUGGGUUCUUUGAUAAUGAUGGAUUGAGAAACUUUCCAUAUGAAUCUUUUCAAAGCACAAAGACACAACAUGUAUUUUCCACAAUGUUUUGCUUGUUUCUCACAAUAAUCUUCUAGGCUACACUUCUGCAAUAUAUGAUGCAAGUGGAGAAGAUAGAAUUCCUGUUAAAUAACAGGAAUGACAUAAUAAAUAAAAAAAAUAUAUAUUUAAGGGCCAAUUAAAUAUCAGAGUAAAAUGAGUUUUUCUCUACAUGUGGUUUAACUGAUUAGGGCUUCUGAAAUCUAUGCUGUUUUCAAUUUAUUAUCUCUUACAGUACAUUGUUAUUGCAUUGUUAGUCCCCUGAUAUGGCUAUGCUAAAAUAUGAAUAGGUCAUUUCCUAUUCAUAUUAUUGCAGUGAUGAAGCUGAACAUGACAAGGUCUCUGUUGGCAUAUGGCUUUUGUUUGUAUUUGUCUUUUUGUUUUUGUUUUGUUUCUUUCUGUGUUGUUUUUUCUUUUUUUUCAGCAGGUAUCUGUCCAGUAUAAAUUUUAUUCAUGGGUAAAUGACAAAUUGAACACUCCAGCACCCUAAGAAUCAUUGAGUUGGCCUUUUUCACUUUAGCUUGGCUCCCAAAAAAGCAUUUUAAAAAAGAAUAAGAAGUGCUUGAAUGUCAUCUGUUAACUGCUGUAUGGGUUGUCCACUGAAUUCCAAACUGUGUCUGAAGCUUUGCCAGUCUGCAAGCAGUUGUUUUCUUGAGGUGCAGAAAGAUAGCCAUCUGUUCACGAGCUUUUUUGCUGUAGGACCCUGUUAAGUAAGGAACAGGGAGCUGCUGUCUGCAAUGAAAUCAAGUGCCUUCAGAACUCAGUAUAACAUCAUUCUGUUCAAACAGCUGGUUGGCUAUUGAUCACUGGCACACUUCAUAGCAUUUCAGCAGGAUCAAGAUGAAGGGCAAAACUCUAAGAAUUGACAACAACAAAUGGAUGACCCUAGUGCCACGUCCGGCCCCAAAGUCCCGCCUCAGAUCUCAUACUGUUCAUCAUUAUUUACUUUGACAACAACUGCUUUAAAGCAUAUACCUAGUCAUGUUCCAAUCCUGACUGAGAUGGAGAAAGAAGUAUGAUGGCAAAAUUGAAAGAAAGAAACAGUUCCUUUAAUGAUGGACAAAAAAUUGGACCUCUGGGCUCUGGAUGAAGUACAGUUGGGAGGGCCACUGUGAAAUCCUCCUUCAGUACUAUAAGACAUUUUUGCUGUUGAAAAUGACAUUUUUUGAACACUUAUGAACGGAAUGCUACAAAGGAUGAAAUCCGAUGUACUCAAUGAACAGCCUCAUUGAGCUGACUCCAUCCACGGAUUCUUACAAAUGAUAUUUUAUUACUCAGUUGAAAAAUUACUGCUUUUACACAAACUGUUUAAAAAAUAUCUCUGAACUACCUGAGACCAUACAUUACCUUAACCAGUCGGUUUUUGGAACUGUAUUGUAAAGUCACUUUUGUUCAUAAAGCUCAUUUCUCCCUCUGUUUUGUUAGUCUAAAAUAUUUUGUUUUCAACAAAUCCAUUUUAAAUUCCCUUUUCAUUAUCAUAUUAUACAACACAAUAUGAAUCUAUAGUAUGGUAUUAUGAAAAUAUCAAAUAUAUGCGAUUAUAUGCAAAUACAUUGGACAGGACCUGCCCUCCAGGUUUCACAUUUUUAAAUAGUCAUACAAUAAGAAGCACAAUGUGUAAUAUCACUACCAUGAAAAAAUACUCUCACACAAUACAUUUUCUCUUCAAUUUGAUUAAUGCCACCCCAAUAGGAAUUACUCCCCAAUAAUUAGGUAUGAAAAGGGAAAAGGAUAUUUUGCAUCUCUGAUGA